AUGAAGCAGAUGAGCAAGGCCCUCCUGGCAGCCUCUUGGCUCGCCGCGCAGACUGCCUAUGCACAGUUCGUGACUGCGCCGACGGAUCUUAACGAGACCACCGGCUACCUGAGCAUUCCUGUGCGGUCCAAGCAGGUUCCUGAUGGGAUCUGUGAGACUACACCGGGAGUCAAGUCCUACUCUGGAUAUGUCGACAUUGCCGAGCACGAACACAUCUUCUUUUGGUUCUUUGAAGCUCGCAAUGAGGAUCCUACAACUGCUCCGCUGACAGUCUGGAUUAAUGGCGGCCCCGGUUCCUCGUCCAUGAUCGGUCUAUUUCAAGAGAAUGGGCCGUGUGGCGUUGAUUAUGAUGGCAACCUGUACAAUAACCCGUACUCCUGGAACAACGCCAGUAACAUGCUCUUCAUCGACGAGCCGACCGGCACGGGCUUCAGCUACUCCGACGCUAUCCCAGCCUACGUAUCAGACUACGGCGACGUCGUCCAGCUCCCCAGCGAGUCGUGCCCUGACUACGCCGCUGAUCUGGACUGUGGCACGUACUCUUACGCCAGCCUGCUCGACACGGCCAACUCGACCUCGGCCGCGGCCCCGCGCUUUUGGCGGACCCUGCAGGGCUUCAUGGGCGCCUACCCGCAGUACUCACGCGAGUCCUUCCACUUCACCACCGAGUCCUAUGGUGGGCACUAUGGUCCCAUCUUCAAUGAGUACAUUGAGACGCAGAACGCCGCCAUCCGAAAUGGCUCGCUUCCGGGUGCUCACGCGAUCAACCUCGCCUCGGUCAUGAUCGGUAAUGGCUGGUAUGACCCGCUCAUCCAGUAUGCAGCUUACUAUAACUUUACCGUCUACCCAGGCAACACAUAUGAUUACUCUCCCUUUGAUGCCUCCACGCAGGCCAAGAUGUACAAUGGUAUGUACGGAGCUGGCAACUGCUACGACCUGACAGUAUCAUGUUACGAGACUGGCAUCAACGAGAUCUGCUCCUAUGCCGACGACUUCUGCUAUUACGAGGUGGAGGCCGUGCUGGAUGAUGCGGCCGAUCGCGACGAGUACGACAUCCGCGAGCUGCAGCCGGAUCCCUUCCCGUAUGAGUUCUAUGUCGACUACCUGAACACCCCUGAAGUCCAGGCGGCGAUUGGCGCCUUUGUGAACUUCACCGAGGGGUCGGAUUACGUUGGUGAUGCUUUUGGUAGCACUGGUGAUGACGACAGGGAGGACGGGACCCUCGAGGCGGUGCGAGAGCUUGUGUCUCAGGGUGUUUAUGUGGUCCACUAUGCCGGUGAUGCGGACUACAACUGCAACUGGCUCGGCGGCCAGGCCGUGGCCGAGAAGAUCAACGCCACCAACUUCAACUCGGCUGGUUUCACCAACAUCACCACUUCUGACGGCAUCGUCCAUGGCCAGGUGAAACAGAGCGACAACUACGCCUUCGCCCGCGUCUACUACAGCGGCCACGAGGUGCCCUUCUACCAGCCCGUGCUGGCUCUCGAGAUGUUCGAGCGCGUCCUGGCCGGCAAGGACGUGGCGACCGGCCUGGUGGGCAUCGCCAGUAACUACACCACCGUCGGCCCCAGUGUCAGCACCUUCCGGGAGGGCAACGCCACCGUGCAGUUCGACGUUGUGCCCACGAGCGCGACCUACAAUGUGACCACAGGCGCCCCGAACCCGUACUCCGGGUCCUCGUCGCAGAAGCGCGGGAAGGCCCAGGCGAAGAGGUCGCACAAGAAGCGGACGGCUGCUCUUCUGCGUCAGAACAAGCGCUGGGCAUGA